AUGAAAACCCCUUGGUGUGCAUCCGAGAAUGUGCAUAAUCAAGAAACAGAACCCCUGUCUGUGCCCCAUGGCUUGGUCCAUCUAGUUCUUGAUACUCCCCUUGUGGCAGAGUUUUUUCCAUUCAUAGAAAGACCUGUUCAUGACUCCACUCCUUCUCCAGGGAUGGCAGGAAUGACCGAAACAACAGUUUCCCACUCUGAGAAGACAGACUGUCAGGAGUCCUCAUUACUGCUGAAAUGUGACAUUGCUCCUGAUCCAGUAUCAAGUAUUGGAGCUACUAACCCUUCCUGUUUCUAUGUGUAUGAAGAAGUUAACACACCUGAUGUUGUGGCAUUCCAGCAUCAGCUGGGGCAUGAAUACACCCUACCCAUACCUACCAUUUCAGAGGUUGUGCCCCAGGUGGGUAUCCAUAAUACUAUCACUUCUAGAAUGACUAGGCAAUCUCGGGGAUACCGUUAA